AUGCCGGUGGUGAACACUGCAAACUUUGUGGAUCGCCUUCGUGACGUCACUAAACGAAUCGAUAUCCGGCCGACUCUGCAGAAUGUCUCUCGACGUUGGCAGGGCGCUUAUGAGGCACUGGCGGUCGGUUCACCAUUCCAAGUGCAAGAGUUCUACAAGUACAUAAAAGUGUACAAACAAUGCCCGUCCAACGAUCUGAUCUUUAUGAACAUGACUGUUCAAUUGGCCAGAGCGGCAUUGUUCCCAACGAAGAGUAUGUUCAAGCAAAUGCUGAAAUUCGAGAAGCACAUGGAUGAUCUAAUUGUGGCGGAAGGACACAAUGGAAUCUAUGGAUCGCGUGGAGUAAGCGCAUUUACUUUCUCUUUUGAAGACUAAUCGUUCGAGUUCAGAUUGAAAUCCUCGCCUGCCACAACGAGCAGUUCAUCAAGAGCUACCGCAAGUUCAAACGCCGACAAGACAUGAAAAAAGUGGAGAAGGAUAUGAAGGCGGCCAAGAAACAUGUGAGUAUCUGUGCGAAUGUGUAACCUGAUAAUCUUGUUUUUGUUCUUCCAGUCUAAAAUUCUGGCGGCCGUCAAAGAAGCUCGCGCCAGAGUCCGACACGCGGAGAUGAUGAGGAACGAGGCGCCUCUCAUCUAUCCGACAGUUGUUCAUGUUCCGCAUUCUCAGAAGAUCGUUAUGCCCAUUAUUGGUCCCCCAGUCUUGGUUCAAACCGAGCCAGUGAACGUGUCAGAGAAAGUCCCAAUCGUGCCCGUUGUCGAGGUUCCUGUUGCUCAAGUGACCGACGAGCUGACAGAAAUCAAAAAGUAUUGCGAAAUUCUGAAAACGCACAUGGAGGAGGCUGAAAAGAAGAGAGAAAGGGAUGACGUGGCUGAGAAGAUGAAUGAGAUGGUCGAGCAGCUCAUUUCGACGGCCAAUAAGACGGAAGCGGAGGGGCAAUCUGAAAAGGAGGACGAUGAGUCAGAAGAAGAAGAAGAUGAAGACGAUGAUGACGUGGAUCGAGAGGAAAAAGAAGAAGAGGACGAGAAGAGUGCACCGUGUCACGAGGAUUCCCAUCAAGUUGAAGACAAAGAGGUCAGUGGGGAGGAAACGAAGAUUCUUCUGGAAAAGGACAUGUCCUUGGAAAGUGCGGAGAGCGAUGACGACUUCGAAAAGGAAGACGCGGCAGAGUCCGACGAUGACGACGUGGAAAUGGAGAGGAUCGAGGAGAAGGAAAUCGAGUCGCUCGAGUACGAAUUGCUCUGA